GAAAAUAAAAUGGCGAUCUUUGCGUGUUGUACAUUUUUCAUUGCGGCCGUUUAAGGUGAUUUUACGACUGAAAGUGAUUCGGUACCGUGCAUGACGGGCGCGUAAGGGUCGUCGGAAGUGUCCAGCUGUCGGAAAAACUAGUGAUCAAAGGAUUGUUCAGUCAGCUUGGAGUAUAAAGAAAGCUUUAAAAUAAGGUGGCCACGGAUGAGUCUUCUGUUGGCGAGUUGUGUGUGAACGAACGGGGCAUGAAAUUUGUAAUGCGUGGUGGAGAAGAAGGCUGACGGAUGUGGGGUGAGCGCAUAGAGCGCGGAUGACGGUGACUGUGAAAAGCGAACACGAAGCGAAUCCCGUCUCGUCGGAAGGGUCGCAAAUUGAAUCUUGAAUCGAACAAUCGUUUUGACGCCUUAUGAGGUCGGAAUCCGAGAAGGCAAAUAACCGAAACUGUGCUUCGCCGAAUAAUCAAUGCCGUUAUACCGUUGUUGCAGUGCAGACCUCGGAAAUCCCCAUACGUUCGGUUUGUAACUGACGGCUCUACUUUUCCUAUCGCUUUGGCACCCCUCAGUCCUCUCCCUCCCUGUUCCGCCAAUCCCAGACUUGUGGUGUGGUAGUGUAGCCCCAUAGUACGCGUUUCACCUCCUUUAUACCUUUGCUCAUUCAUUAUCAUUACUAUCGACGGGCUAGAUGAGUGCCCUUUUUUGCGAACGGUGUGUAUUUUUGAAUUUGCUCGUUCUUUCUCGAAUGUACCGAAAGUGCCAAAGUCGAAGCAGCCUGACGUGGGAAAGGUGCGGUGUUAGCGGGGUGAAGGAAAUGAAAUUAUCAACCGUCCGACCAGCGAGUAUUGCGUACUAUUAGAGUGUGAUGAUGUGCCCUGCAAACCCCUAACCGCGGACCAUUACGAUACAUUGUGUGCUUGCGUAAAAGUAUUUGUGAGUCAACGUGCGUGUGUGUCCUUAUGGUGCGAAGAGCAGAGACCACCAACAAGUACACGCUAUCGUGUAGUUUUAUGUCAUUUUUGCCUUCCUGCCAUUCAACACCAACCAAUAGAGGAGAAGAGGGCACAUUGUGUGUUACAUUGUUGCAUUGCACACGCAAACUCUUUUGCUCUCUCUAAUAGAUACACACACACAAAAGCAGUCAGAUAUCCAAAUAGACACACACACACAUAAUGGUGACAAUCGGCAUCCUGUCGACGUUGCGCCGGUAUGAUCCUUUGCACAGAGUGUGCGAAAGAGAGCAAACAUUUAAUGGGGAAAAAAGACACAGUUGGAGAAAAACUAUCAGAAAUCCCAUAAAAGUCCUUGUGCGGUUGACAUUUGCAAGAAGCGAAGGCUACACACCUUGUGCAUCUGUGUGUGUGCGCGCGUAUUGGUGGGCGAGUGUGUGUACGUGCGGUUGCGUGUUUUUACGAUGUGUGCAUUGCUAUUCCCACCGAAGCAUGCCAUGCAUGCGUGUGCUGAUUUCAAGCAGUCCCCGCUAGACUGUUGCUGCUUUUCUACGGUUUGAAAGUUUAACUUUUAUCGCAUUUUGAGUAGCAGCAUAUUUACUGCUCUCUACAAUUAUUUGAUGGACUAUGAAAACGGUGUUGUGCUUUUUUUACCUGAUGUCGUGAAUUGUGACGUCUUGUUUUUUUCCUCUCUAUCGCUGAUUUGAGACUUUUCGUGAACGUGUGACAGAGGAAGUGCUCUCUGCGUUAAACAAAAAUCGUCUUCGGUGAAAGCUGUAAACGGUGGUACUACGGUGAACGAGAAAAAAAGACGUAAAACAAAACAGAAAAAAGAGUGCAAGAAAAAUUGGGAAAACAAAGCACCGUCGACGGUAGCUGAGCUGCUCUGCCAACACGGGUGUUUGUAUUGGUAUUGGUGAAGAAAACGGUGGUAAAGGCGAAAAACAAGAAGCCCUGCUAGGUUGAAGGUACGUACCGUGUACGUACCGCACAUACUUUGGCAAAUGAAAACUCUUAGAGGUGUACGCAAAAAAAGAAGAAAGACACCCGUCAUAGCAGCAAUUGAAUGCGGAACGAAAAUUGGUUUGGGUGGGAAGGAAGUACAGUGACAGGAACAAACAUCGACCAAAAAAAAGUCAACCCCAAAACGGUAAAGUGAGAAGAGGCGACCACCAUCCCCAGUGAGAAGUGAAUACCCGUCCAUUCGUAAUGAGAUGUUUUGAGGUGAAGUACGUGGAAGGAACGUAGCAGACGUGAAGUGUGUGUGUGUGUGUGGCAGGGCAGAAGGGCGAGAGGAAGCGAGAGGAGGAAGCCAGUAACGAAAAAACCCCUCACUACAAGAUACAGCCAAUUAUAGAGAGGGGCCCUCUAGACUCUGUGUGUGAUUAUGUGCGAGAAUGGUAGGCACUGAUCGCACGAGUAUAAACCAUGGCGUGGCGGUGUGUGUGUGCUUUUCGCUGCACGUUGGUUCAUUGGAGUCUCCACCCGUGUGCUUCCCCCACCCCCCACCACCCUUCGCCGUAAGUCUCGCCCGUUCCGAUUGUCUUCGUUCGCUUCUUCUUUUUUCCUCGGCACAACCUUUACGGUUGUGACACAAGCAGCGAGCGAAGAAGAAGGCGUAUGGCUCCACACAGCACACACAACACGGCAACAGUAGCCAACAGCACCAAGCAGCACCAAGCAGCAGCAGCAGCUGUGCGUCGCGAGCCAGCGCUCGCGAAUGAGAGCAGUCAACUCUCAAAAAAGAAAAGAAAAGGAAAAAAAGAAGGGUGAUCAGUGUAUUUGUGUUGUGUAAGUGUGUGGUGCAGGUGGUUUAACAACACGAGCAUACACGUGCCUCCACAGCAGCAGCAGUAAGCAGCCGCCUUGAAGCAAAGCAGCAGCUAAGAAGCAAGAAAGAAGUGGUGAAGAAAAAAUUAAAAAUAGUGUGGAAAACCCGGCUCACGGCACGUCUCUGUGUGUAACUUUGGCUACAACACACCGGUACGCGUGCAUUAUUCUCUAUUUACAAAUGCAAUGGAAAUGAGCUGCCGCAGGCGUUAGAGUAGUGUGCACGCUGGAAUCGCGGGAGAAGUUGGUGCGUCCCAUCGCUCGGUGCUGAUAGUGAUAGGAGGGGGAUGCGGAGUGGGUUUGAGAGAGUGGUGUUGGUGGUUGUGCGGAUUUUGCUCUGCUGAUUACAUAGCAGUGCAAUUUCAAGAGACACAUUUCUGGUCCCGCUUGCCCCAGAAGCGGGUGUGUAUUGGCAGGAGGGUGAAAUUAGUGUAACGCCUGGUGGUGGUAGUCCCGCGGUUCGCACACUGUUACGCGUGUGAUGCACAACCCCCGUACGCAAAGAAAAGAUGUGUGAGCAAGAAGAAGGGUGAAAGGAAAAAUCACAGCAGGAUGUGUGCAUGUGUGUGCGUGUGAUGAUUACCUUUGCCGUAACAGCGCCGAGAAAGAAAGUAUGUGUGAGUGUGUGGGUGCAAGUGGCGGUAUAGCUUGGUGGUGAGAAGCAAUGGAAUGUGAAAAUAGUUUUGAAAAUCAAAUUGCAAUAGAAAAGUAGCCUUAGAGCGAUAGCGGGUGCAGUGUGUGAGGGAGAGAUAUAAUACCGCAAGAGGCAAGAAUUAAGUGAUAACGGUGGGUGCAUUUGUGUGUGUAUGUGCGAGUAUUUAUGCACAAGUGUGCGCUUGUGUGUGUGGUCACGGUGCGAAAGGUUUAUCAGUGCCCUAGAGCGUGAGUUGGUGAUUAAAGAAAACAUAGUUUAUCUCCCAUCGAUGUGGAGCCAACCCCCACCACCGCCCCUCAAGUGCAAUAACGGUUCUGGUGGAUGAAGUGUGGUGUUGCCUUCCUCCGAAGAGGGCGGUUCCGCCAACAGGCGGUAAAUGGCCAAAGGCAAACCCAACCAUAACCGUGGUGCCGUGCAGGAUAGCGAAGCGCCGAGAAGAGUAAUAUUAGCGCAAACAAAAAUUGUGCCCGAUUAGUAUGUUGUGUGUAGUUUUUAGUUAGACGCGUUUAACCCGGGUGCGUGUGUGUGGGUUAGCCCCCCCCUAGCCCGGAAAAGAUGAUUUGUCAGUGAAAAAUUAUAAAUCGAAAAAAAAACCGGCAGCAAUAAUUAAUCUCUUCCUACUGGUGCAAUCUACGGCGCGUUGCAAGCGCAGUGCAAUGAACCAGUGCGGCCAUCAUCGCGCUACCAUUGACAGAUACAGUAGCAUCGUCUUUUGUUUCUUUCGCGCAGCAGGAGAGUGCACGACGUGUGUCUGCUCUUUCCACAACAUUCACACAUAAACGCAUAAACGAUUAGGACAUAAGAAGAGAUAGACCGCGUCGUCGAUCGAUCGGCAGAUCAUCUCCGUCUUCAUCGGCACUGUCGUCCGCGUCGUCACUCCGGACGACCGGCGUAGUCGGUGAAUUGGACAUGAACAAAUCGCUUUACCCAAGGCACGACGAUGAGCAUGAAAGGAUGGAGCGGAGAGAACGGGAUAAACAGGCCCGUGCCCAGCUACAGGCCGAACGGGAACCGGAACCAACAGCCCCACUUUUUGCAGCACCAGUUAAAGUGCAAAGUCCAUCCGAUAUGGACAUGCACAUCGCGAAGCGACUUGGUAACUUCGAGGUAGUUAAGAAACACAUCCUGGAACCGUCCACAUCGCAUCAUGUUAUCGGAAUUGCUCCAACCCCUUCAACGCCAUUGCGUUCGUCGAGCGCGAUGCCCAGCCUGGUCGCCGGCAGCCACCAUCGGUCGCUUCCACCAAAAACCAAUAGCAAUAGCAGUAGUAGUACCAUUAGCAAUAGUAAUGUAAACUUCGUCAAACCGGCCGACAAUCGCUCCGUUUACAAUGGACGGCCAUCGGGAUCGAGCGCAGGAUGGAACAAUCUACCGGGCCAUUAUUCGUCCUCUUCUUCAUCCUCAGCGGGGUCGUUUAACAAACACGAGGUGCACAACUUCUCAUCGAAAGGACCGCCUUCAUCCGUUCCACCUUCACUGAUGAACGGCCGAACCUCGUCAGCAGCGGGAGGAAGUAUCGGUAGCAGCAGCGGUGGAACCGGUGGUCCAUCCUUUGGCAGUGAUAAGUUACCCUCGCAAAUGCCCAACGGUCGACUGUCCCAGGUUGCAAACUCAAAAAUGCCUAGAGUAAACUCAAGUGAUAUUUCAACUCCGCUCAAACAGGGCAGCAACGUGGAGAAGAUAUUGAACGAGAUGAAGAUCAACGUCAUGACGCCGCUGACGGAAAUCGGGGCCACACCGCGCAAGGAGUUGGAAUCGAAGUUUAACUUCAACAACCCGAGCGCAAACCCGAGGCACGUUUACGCCACCCUGCCUUCAAUGUUGGGGCCGCUGAAAUCUUUGGCUGGAGGUGCGGGUGGUACCACGAAAUCGUCCCUUUCUGGAUUGGCGAUGCGUCCACUUAGCUCAAAUAUUGAGGACGAUAAUCCAAACAAUGGCUCGGAUAGUGACGACGGUGCAGACGGAGAGUCGAAGAAACGCAAUUCUAGUGAUACCUCAUCGAAUGAAAGCGCAGACGAAUCAUCGAGCGAGGACUCUAACAUUGGCAAUAAAUUGGGAGGAACCGUUCCCGUGGCUGGCGGUCCAAUGGCUGGAGGAAUGAAUGGAAAUGGUGUCAGCGGAGCAGCAGGAGAAGGAGCGACUGGAGCGGCUGGAACAGGAAAUGGAAAUGGCAAUAGCAGUCCCGUGCGGAGGCCAAGCGAUUGGUCACUGCUGAAUUUCCUAAAGCAGCCUACCAGCAAUAGUCAACAAGUGCCAACAAACGAAAGUGCUCCCCAUGUCGGUGGUGGUGCUGUUGGGGAUCGCACUAGUGCCCAUCACCAUCAUCAACACCAUCACCAAAACUUACACCACACACAUGAAGAAAAUUCCGUAUCAUCUCCAUUGCGACAGCAGAGAUUAAGCGGUUUAAGUGAAGUCGUACAAGGAUUCAUCGCAUCCCCUAUUGCGGACGGACGCUCUGCGACGGUUGCACCUGUAAAAAACGAACCUUUGGCGCCGUUGGACGAUGACCACCUAUCAAACGCGAGCAGUAACGCGAGCAAUAGCGAGCUGCCUGCAGGUCAGGGUGUAUCUUUGUCCUCCGGUGUCAAUGCAGGAUCCUCAUCGUCAUCGUACGUAAAGCAGGAACCGUAUCCCAGCGAAAACAGUGCCUCGCCACCCGGAAUCAAGAGUGAGCAAAAGGAUGACGGUGCCGAUCGGUUAUCGUUGUCUAGUCCUGCGAAAAGUCCGGAGCUGCAACAUCACGUCGGUAACUAUAGCCUCCACCAUCGCCAACAGCAACACCUGUUUAACGACAGUGUCGAACAGGUAGAUGUGAUAUGUGCCCUACAGGAAGCCAAAGAGUUUAGCCUGAUCAAACCCAUCUCGAGCAUGUCGGAUUCCGAUUCGGACGAUGCAGAGAUACCCUCAAUGGUCGGUGGCGACCUUGAGCAACAGCACCGUGUAAAUCUCCACCACGUUAACACCCAUAUGUCCCAUCAACCGGAUGGGGAACCGGUGGCGGCGGGAAAUGGUGUAGUGUUAGCAUCAGCGACAGCUAACGCUGUCAAAAAGAAGAAGUGGAAACGGAAGCUUAUUGCUGGAACCGGCAAUGAGCGUGAAACUCGCGAUAGUUCAACAAGCAGUAGCGAAGACGAACGAUACGGUGCAGCGCGAAGAAGUCGAUCACAGUCCUUUGAGAAAGAAAAGACGCAUCUGAAACCGCGCGGUCGCGUGCGUAAAGGACACAGUGGCAAUACUCAUGGUAGUGGUGGUGGUGGAGGUGGUGGUACUACAAGUGCCGCAUCCAGUGCUCGUUAUUCAGAUGCAGACUCUAUAACGAGUGGAGGUGGACACCGGUCAAGCAAAACGUCCUCCCAUGGGUCAACACCUACCAAAAAAGGUAGCGCCUCGUCGGCUAUAAAUUCGCUACCAUACGCUCACGGUGAUACUGGAGCUGCGGGUAUUAUGAGCCCUCCGAUUAGCAUUCCGUCAGUUGAUGGAAUCGUUCUGUCGAAAAAAGCAAACUCCCGUAAACCGCGCUCGUCAAAGAUUCUCAGCAGCGAAACAGUGCUUUCCACCGAGAGUAGCUCCUCUUCGUCGGGUUCGUCUGCUGAGGAGGACGGUGUAGCAUCGUCAGGAGAGUCUGCGGAUUCCAAUUCUGGUCACGAUCGAUCUACACCCGCACCAGCUGAUCCCGUUGUGCCAGUGACGAAAACGAAGAAGCAUAAAUCGAAGAAGAAGCUGGACAAAAUGGCACCGGCUGACGUUUUGACGAGCAACAUAUCAGCGGGCAAGGGAAAUGGACCGAUCACCAACGAUGUUUCUAUGAAAAAUAGACCCAUCAAUGGAAGCGGCAGUAGUCGGAGUAACAAUAACUAUCAUCUGCACAAUCUUUCAUCCGACAGCAAUGACGAGAGGCCUUCUUUAAUAACAUCGCCCUUCCAAGGCAGCGGUGGAAGGUUAGGAGAUGUUGCAACUAGUGGAAACCUUCCCAAGAAACCACAUAAACUAUCAAUCAGUCAGACAUCAGUCGAUGAGGAAGAAUCCCGUGUGCUCAACUCCAACGGAAACAAGACUGUCGACGACGACGAUGACGACGACGAUGAUGAUGAUGACGAUCGCUCUGAUUCUCACAGCGAUAGUGAUAGCGAUACUCCAACCAAAAAAGAAAAGGUACUUACUCUCAAAUCACGUUUGCUUUAUGAUCACAGAUUAAUUAACUUUUUUUUAUUGAUGCUGCAUUUUAUUUCCCAUCUUCAGAAACAAAAUAAAAACAAGAAAGCGGCUCUCUUUGCUCGGGUGUUUAUCAACACAGCUGCUGCCAGUGGUGGCAAGGGAAAGGGCGGCAAAGGAAAGGGCGGAAAAGGCAAGGGUCAAGUUUACAUUGACCACGUUGAUGAGCUGAAUCUGGCGAAAAGCAAUGGAGCUUCGACGACACCAAACGCUAACAAUCAAGCUGGAACAGCAGCCACCGAGAUGCGGCGAUCGGCACAUCAGCACCUCACCGUACCAGGACUGGUGGAAACUUCUCCCAGGCCACCUUCUGCCAUAGGAGAGAGUCGACCCAGCAGUCAGGGAACGGCAGGGUUAGCGGCGGCCGUUUCACCUACACUGGACAAGAUGCUCUAUUCACAUACCAGUGGUGCCUUAAGCAACAACAAUGUUUCGCUCGUUUGUCGGAUCGAUCUAAGUCGUUUGUUAAAAAUUCCACCGCCACCACCACAGAACCGGCCCCAGUCUGGACUGCGGUCACAUGAUAACUACAACGCACACCGCAGUGCCUCUUCCGCGCGACAGAAGAGCAAAAGCCCUUACGAUCAGCUGCACGGUAAGCGGCGGCGAAGUUCGGUGGGCCAGCAAGACCACCACGAUCGCAGUGGCAGCUCAGUGCACAGUUCCUCCUCGACUCCCAGGCUACUGGAUGAUCGUGUGUCGUAUGGUGGAAGCGUUCCCAAUCGACUACUGGCGGGUGAAUCAUCGCCAGUGCUAGAAAAUGGAACUAUUGGAUCCUCCGAACGACACAGAAGCAAUUCCAUCAACAGUGACCACAGUGGUGCCGCCCAGAAGGCGCGAGAUUAUCGCGCAGGACUGGAUGCUUCUUACGGAAAUAAUUCACCUUCGUUGCACCAUCGGCAUCAUCCUCAAACCACCUACACUAACCAUCAUCAACAUCUUGCCAGUCAAUCCGACGCCGGGCCAAAAGGCGUCGAAAGUGACAAGUACGACGAAAAAUUGUUGACAAAAUCCGAAAAACUAGGCUACGACGAACAGCGUUUGAAGGAGGACAAGACAACUUCCCUACUUUACGGCAGCAACCGUGGCAGCGGUGGUGGAAAAUACUCCAACUAUGGGGGAGUGAUAAAGCAGGAGAGCAGUACGCCAGCAGCUCAAUCGUUGAUUAAACAGGAGUACAAUAGGGACGAUUUGUUGACGGAUAAUAAGCUGGGAAAGCCGACCAUGGGACUUACGUUGACAAAUGGUACAACAGGAGAUGGAGAUACGGGAGGCAGUGGACGAAUGCGGAAGCGUUCCGUCAGCUCGGGGAGUAACAAUACGUACAAGGAGAAGCGCCGGAAAAAGGAUAAAACAUCCGCCAACUUACAGACUGAUCAACUUGACCAACUACCACCAACCAAUCACGAUCGGUUAGAUGAAAGCUCAUCGGGAGCAAGUUCAGGUCGUUCAGCGAUAGCAAUUGAGAGAAACGGACAACAGCAUCACAGCAGCACCAAUGUUCAAGGGCAACAGCAGCAACAACAUCUGACGGUCGGUGCUAAUGGGUUUGAUUCGGGCAUUGCGCCCGUAACAGGCGGUGAUAUUGGACCACCAGCAGAGGUCCCGGUGCAAAUCAAAAAGGUGUAUGUGUCGUACUUCGAACGCAACGAGGAAGUACCGGAAAUACGGGACCAAAGCCGAUUUCUCUCGGAAGCAAAGCGGUUGAAGCACGCGGCCGAUCGGGAGGGAGACCAUUUAGCACAAGCAAUGCUGUACCUGGAAGCCGUGCUGUUUUUCCUGCUCACUGGCGACACGAUGGAGCGAGACCCGAUUACCGAGAAAGCUGCCUUUACGAUGUACAAAGAUACGCUUUGUUUGAUUAAGUUCAUUUCGUCUAAAUUUCGUAGUCAACUGCAAAAUCAAACGAUGCAGGGUAACAUCCACACAAAGGUGGCGAUUCUCAGUUUGCGUUGUCAAUCAUUGAUCUAUCUCAAGUUAUACAAGAUGCGCCGAAUGGACAUGAAAGAAACGGGCAAGACAAUCGGCGAAUUUAAUCACAAAACCAGCACAGUACCGGCGGAGCUAGCUAAUGGUAAUACUCCGUCUCCACUGUCGCCCACGUCGGUUGGUUCGCAGAGCUCUGGUUACAGUUCUGGACAAAACAACCACGUUGGAUCAAUGCCACCGAUGAAUUCUUCUCCUGCUCAAUGCAUUAUAAUGCCAAUAAAUGUCCAUGCAGCGUAUCAAAAGCAAACUACGUUGUUUACUCAUCUUUCCACUUGUCUCGAUCUUUGGGAGCAAGCGGAUAGCUUAGUGUCACGCGGGAACCAUGUCGAAUUUUUCAUCGAACUAGAUCACGAAAACGGGCCCAUGACGCUGCACAGUUCCCUGUAUAAUGUCGUAAAGUAUGUACAAGCUGGGAUUCAGAAGCUUCGGCGCAUGUAACAUUGGGUCAUGCUGGUAGAACCGGUGCAGAAGCAGCUAGAACCGUUCUAGCCAGUUAGAGAACUUUCUUAUUAUGACAAUAAUGACCAACGACGAGCAGACGGAAAGGCUGAAGAAUAUGGACGGCCGUACGAGACGGAUGCAAAAGCCUCUGCUUGAACAAAUAUCUUUUCACACUCUUAAGUCUGUCCACAGCAUCGCUUUCUGUCAAUAUAAGAUGACAGAUAUAUUGGACCAGUACCGUUCUGUGUAUUACCACGUGAACUACAUAGUAUCCAAAAGCAAUCCAUAUGGCGCAAAUCACAACUUCCACAAUUUCCAGAGCUAUGUUGUCAAUGGUGUUUGUUGCGUUACAUGAUGCUCAAAGUGACAUUACGAACGUAAAUUCAGCUACAUGUCAUACCAUGGAGCGUUUCUUCAGUCAUGUAAACGAUUGCAAUGUACCAAUCAAAUGGUUAAAAUGAGAACAUAAGUUGGCCGAACACAAGAAUCCAGCCGAAUGCUGGUGGGAAUGGCAAAAUCAGCAUACGAAAACAAUCAACAACAGCAGCAGCAGCAGCAACAACAGCUUCGUGAUCUUUGGUGAACCAAAAUGGCUCAACUGUACGCUUUUGUUAUUUUCACAGCCGUAGAGGCAACUAAGUAAUCGUAUUUGUUAUACAUGGACCACACUAGAGAGGGAGAAAGAGAGGGCGGUAUAAUAGAAUAAUUUAUAUGUUUGUUUGCUUUGUCGUUAAACAUACGCAGAAUGAUGAAUUAAGUUAUUGAGAGCAACUGCAACACUGUGUAAAAUUAUCAAGCUAAGAGAUGAUAAAAGGUAAAUAGUUUUAUUUUGUUGUGGAUUAUUGUUUUGAAAAGGUGUCUGCCAUUAUUUUUUUUACAAACUUUAGUCGUUUUACUGCGAUAGGCCAAUUGCAGGAUCUUACCACAAUUUUUCAUAAAACCAUCAGCUAAAUGGCGCUGAAUUAGAUUGUGCUUCAUAGUGGACUGAUAAGAGAAGCAGUUUUUGUCUCUUAAGGCCGCGUAUUUCGUGCUUAAAUUUGUCUGAGGCGUUUGAAUCGUUAAUCGUUUUUAGUAAGAGAUGCAUUGUUUUGGUCGGGCAAAGCCAGACGCGAACAGUGUUGGGAACAGUUUACUCUCAUCGAUAUCAGCAACCAUUUCCUAUCCUUCUUAAGGAAUAAUCAAAGACACUACUAUUGAACCAUCGAUGAUCCCGUUCCUAGCAAUUGUAAAACAUGUAAUUGUAGCAUGGGCCAAGGCUGCGCGGAGGCAAGGAAAACGCAUAAUUUUCUUUUAUAUACACGGUAAAAAGAAGUAUCCACACAAACAGCUACAUUUAGUCAAGGGGUACAUAACAUGGUGGAACAUUAUGAAUAAGGCUAUUUUAUAUGUUGUUUAUAGAGUUUUUAAUUAUUUACAUGCUUAAUGCUCACGUAAUAGAAGGAUCACACACACACACACACACACACACACACGAAAGACUUAUCAAAGAGACAUAUAAAUGGCAAGACUUUUAGUAAAGCACAGAAAGAGAGCGCUUGAAGUUUGUUACGAAACUUAGGAGAAGCAACAACAAGAAAGGAGUUUAAAUAUGAAUAGGAACCGAAAGAAGGAUACACAAAAGUAAUGCAACAGUAGUUUAAUUUAUUAAAUGAAAAUACUGUGCAGCAAUAGUAACAGCUCUAAAGCGAAGGACAAUGAUCCGUCUGCAUGAAAGAUAAUUUAGAAAAUUUUUAGUCAAAACCAUACUCUACUGCUAGUUUCGCCAUACACUUGUGUUAUCUACCUUGUUCUACACACGUAGUCGAGUAAAAAGUUGGGUUUGGUAAGUCGUUAACAAAAGUUUGCUAGCAAUACUAGUUGAAUAACGUCACGGAAUGUGGAGUGUGACAACAGGUGGUGCCGCAAAGAACAGCAAUGCUUUUUUCUCAAGUCUAAACGUCACAAUUAUAUUAUCAAAUACAAUUAUGUUUUAUAUGCUUCUCUUUAAACUGUAAGUGUACAACACUUUGCUACCGUUAAUUAAUACACUCUCACUUUUGUACAAUUCUUCACGACAUUUACAUUGUUUGGCAGGUUGUGUCUGAUGACCAGGAACAAAGGGAAUAAGGUUUUCUCGUACAUGUGGAGAUUAAGUCAAUCGAAACGUAACAUUUGAUUCGCAACACUACAAGUGUUGCUGGAACCAUUACCAUUGUCAAGGAAAGUCUGCAUGAACCUGGAUGGAUAAUAAACUUAUUUAAUUCUUUUGUGCGACUACAGUAACCAAUAGCUAAACAGUUGAUAGUUAUUAUUAGGCAUACAAUCAACUCCAAAGAUGAUAGCAAAAGUAACUUGAAAUAGCUCAAUAAUCCUACAUUCAGAUGUCCUACCUAAUUAUUCUUUGCAAUGACGAGUGUUGCCACGGAAUUAUAGUUCACGUUUGGGAACGAAUCUACAAUUGGUUCAUGCCACAAGAGAUCGUUACAAAUGCAGUAAGCUACCAUUUGGCAUUCGGACCAGCCCUAUUAUAGAUUGCCUUUUUUAAAUGUAAAAACCCUUUUUAUUGCAUGGCAACAACGCCAAAUAAGCGUUAUUGAAAGGUGUUUCUGACGAAGCGGAUUAACUAUUUCUUUUACCAUGUUAUCACAUUCAAAAUUGAGCAUGCGUUUUUAGCGAGAAUCAAAUGACUUCACAUCAAUAGUACUCCUCUACUUUGGUUCUUACCCUAGAUGAAUGAGUGUAAUUGGUCAUGGUUGAAUUGAGAGGGUUUAUAAAGAUUUUUUGCUGCACCUAAUGGAAACGUAUACUAAACCGGGUAGUAAGAAGCAUCAAAUUAGCAAUCACGUUCUAGCCCGUGCAUGACUAUGUGAAAUGUUUUCACAUUUCACAAAUCAUACAUUUAACUUUGGUGUUUCACUAAACCCUUAAUUUAGUUGCGAUUCAAUGUGGUAUCAAUCGUCCCGCAAUUCAUAACGUGUCCCUGCAAUGAACAUUCACACAAUUGUAAGUUUUGCCUGCUUUUGUAUGUGUCACAAUAAAAGAAAUCUCGUGUAAUAGAAAAGUGGAAGGAAUCAGCAUGAAUUCAUGCUAUUCAUGUAACUUACUAUUGGUAAAGAGAUGUCCUCUAGAGGAGAUAGAAUGAGAAUGUAUUGUGGGUAGGCAGAAGUGUGAGAAACCACACAACAACAACCAAAAGAAACACCUAUAUUCACAAAGUGCAACUCAACUCAAAGCAAAAGCAACAACUAUUGAUAAUUUAAGCGACGAACGGUAAACAAACUGGUAACAGGAAAGCUGCGGGCGACUUUGCACCAAACUCUUCACAAAGAGCAACAAACUGAAAGCAUUACUAAACUAAAAGACUAUAAUAUUGUACGAAACCACAACACACGAACCACUUAAACCCGAUCACGAAGAGCAAUGGUAAUUAGGGCCGGAAGAUGAUCUAGAAGAUGAUUUCACAUUUGAUGCGCAUUACUUUUAAAAAGGUGCGUAAGAAAAAGGGUGUGAAGCGAGUGCAAAACUAACUAAUACACCACAAAUGUAACAGCAUUAAACGUUGAGGAACGGAUACGUUGAACGUGCAACAAAACUAUAGAUGAAAUGGUCGUGACAGAAUUCAAGCAUCUAUACAUAUAACAGCCGGUAUGAAUCAAAGUCCGAUUUAACGGUAAAUGAACCGGUCGACUCAACAAGCAACAUAAAGUUAAAUGAAACCGAAGCUUGAAGUGUAUUGUGAGAUAUUAUAUAAAUACUAUACAUCUAUAUAUAUAUAUAUAUACAUACGUACACAUCGAUAUAUAUAUAAAGCUAUAUAUUGUAUACAGAGUAGAGUUGAUCACGCUGUGGGAGACACAAUUGAAAUAUAGAGAUAUAAGACAUCAUAGGGAAUCAACGAGAUAUAAAGAAGAAAGAAAAUAAAUAUAAAACGCAGGGGGGGAAAUUGAAGAACAAAACUUAACAGAUGUAUCGGAAAGAAGAGAUUAGAGAAAACAUCUGCAUUUUAAAGCAGCUGACGCAAUUGGGCAGAAACUAAAGCAACACACGUACGGAUCAUGAACGAAUAGAUUGAAGAGAAGUAAAGGUCGAUUUUAAGCAAACGAAGGAACAGCACAUAAAGCAACAACAAUUGACUUAGAGUUACUAUGUAAAAUAAACACACAAACACACAACCUAGCAGCAAUGAAACGAAACGUGUAGCAAACGUGUAGUAAGUUAAACUAUAUUAAUAAGGAAACUCAACAAGAAGCAAGCAAGACAAACAAACAACUAAUGGAACACAACAGCCUCUCAACAGUGGGCGGCAACAUCUUGGUGUUACACAAUAAGUAAAAAAAACUCCUUAUUUUUUGUUUCAUUUGGAGUAUUAUUAUUAUUAUUGCAAAUGCUGUGCAAUGCAAUGCAAAAAAACGAUAAACUAAUGAAAAGGGACGAUACGGGGGUGGGAAGUUUAUUUAUGGUGAUAGACAGAAGGCACACAAAGGAUGAUGUGACCAAAAAUGAAGGGAAUAGAAUCGCGCUUGCAGGUUGCCCUUUGGGAUUAACGGCCGCAGGACUGUAUAAAAAAAACUGAAACAGAAACACAAAUUCGUAACAGAGUAGAAUUGUAAAUAAAUUCUAUAUACACAGUACUAGUAUAUACCAUUAACAUUGCUAUUAUUAUUAAUAUUAUUAUUAAAUUAAAAAUGAUUGAAGUUAUGUAGAACUUUUAGAAUAAAAAAAUCAAAAAAAUGAUCAAUAACUGAAA